AUGUUGUGGUGGUCUGAGGAAGACUCUGUAAUGUCUCUGUGUUUGUGUUUCGCAUCCAGGUUGACAGUAUUGGCUCUGAUGACACUGCUGAUGGUCUCGGUUGAAUCGGACCUCUCAAAUGAAGAGUGGAAGUCUCUGAGUAACCCUCAGAGCAGGACCCUGUUUUUCCGGAUCCUGCAGUCCUAUCUCGAAGGCAGAGAGAGUGACGCUCAAGCGAUGAACAGGAAAAUGAAUGUGAAGGAGAACAAAAACAGCAAUGUAGAAAAUACUGGUUAUGACAAGUAUGACCUCUUUCUUCACAAUGACAUUUAUGAUGUUUAGUUGAAGAUUUCAUUUUUGGUUUGACAGUGUCUAACAUGUAAAUCGGGUAUUACAUCUAAUAG